AUGGUACAUCGGUGGAGCUUCAUGGACAUCCGGGACAUCCAGCGUCGCAAGUACCUCCUGCGACCUGUGGGCAUCGAGAUCUUCACGUCGGACGGGCUGGGCUGCCUCCUCGUCUUCCACAAGACAGAGAGAGAGACGGUCUUCGAGAGCGUCUGCAACCUGCGGCAGGAGUUUGUCCAGGGGAGGUGGACCGGUCGCACAUCCUCCAAGACUCUCCUGCAGAACCUGAGGCGGUUGUGGCAACAGGGGGAGAUCAGCAACUUGCAGUACCUCAUGCACCUCAACACGCUCGCCGGCCGCAACUACAACGACUUCACCCAGUAUCCCAUCUUCCCUUGGGUUCUCAGGGACUACUCCUCCGACCAGCUCGACCUCUCCCGGCCUGAGGUCUUUCGCGACCUCUCGAAGCCCAUGGGAGCGCAGGACGAGGCUCGAGCCGCAGAGUACAGAAAGAGAUUUGACAACUGGCUGGAGCCCGACCCCGAGCACCCAACGCCUCCCUUCCACUACGCCACUCACUACUCCUCCGCUGCAGCCGUCAUGUUCUACCUCAUCAGGCUCGAGCCCUUCACCAGCGCGCACGUGCACCUGCAGGGAGGGAAGUUCGACCAUGCCGACAGGAUCUUCGCCUCCGUGCGGGAGUCGUGGGACAGCGCCUCGCAAUUGUCGCUGUCGGAUGUGAAGGAGCUGAUUCCCGAAUUCUACUACCUGCCUGACUUCCUGCUCAACGAGAAUCGUCUUGACUUGGGGGUGCGCCAAAAAAGGAGCACGAGGUUGGACUGUGUCGAGCUGCCUCCAUGGGCUCAUGGAAGUUCCGACGAGUUUGUCAGGAAGAUGCGACAGGCUCUGGAGAGCGAGUAUGUCUCCUCCCACCUUCACGAGUGGAUCGAUCUCAUCUUCGGCUAUCGGCAGCGGGGACCAGCAGCAGUGGAGGCUCUGAAUGUUUUCCACCACCUGACGUACGAGGGCGCCGUCGAUGUGGACGCGAUCAAGGAUCCGGUCGAGCGAAUGAGCACCAUCGCGCAGAUCUUGAACUUCGGGCAAACUCCUACCCAGCUGUUCUCCAAACCUCAUCCGAGACGA